AUGGUGGAUACAUUGAUUUUUCACAAUAACACUAACUUUACGAUUGGAAUUUAUGGAAAUCAGAGUGGCGAAGGAACUGAUUUGAUCAAUCAGUUCUUAGAUAACCGAAAAAUUGAUGAGCCGUUCUAUAGUGUGCUGAUUGCUUUUUAUAGCUUUUUGAUUAUUUUUGGAUCAACAGGAAACAUUCUUGUAGUCUUGGCUGUGCUCAGGAAUAAACAAAUGCAAACGGCAAGGCAAGUGAAUAACCAGUUCAAUGCUAAAAUAAACAUUUUUAUUGUCAACUUGGCUAUAUCAGAUUUGUUGUUGUGUCUAGUAACAAUGCCUUUAACGCUGAUUGAAAUUCUCUCAAAGUACUGGCCCUUAGGUAACACAUGGAGUAUUAUAUUUUCACGAUUUUACGAUUUUUUAUUGGCUUAUUUACUUUUUGUAAAUCAGCUCUUUCUUUCGUUUUCAGGCGACAGCGCUUUGCUUUGUAAAAUGAUUGGAGCUUUGCAAGGAACAAGCAUUUUCGUAUCGACUAUCUCAAUCACUGCGAUCGCACUUGACAGAUAUCAGGUCAUUGUGGGCUGCCCAGCAAAAGAUAAUUUGAAAAUGCUUGGUGCUGUUCUUAUUCUAACAUUGAUUUGGUUUAUAGCUCUCAUGUGUGCUGCACCAUUGUUCAUCUAUCGAAGUCUCAUUCAUUACAACAUAAAUAUUGCCAGCAUGGAUUUUCAACAUAAAAUUUCAUACUGUGAUGAAGAGUGGCCACAACUUCCCUUUUUUGAUGGACGCGUCUAUUACAGCAUCUUCUCUCUAGCGCUCCAAUACUUAAUUCCUAUCCUUGUCGUGACGUCUUCGUAUUUGAAAAUAUAUUUUCGAUUGAAAAAACGUUUUGUUAUAACUCAAAAUGCUCCUGCGGUUGGCGAAAGAAUUCAGAAUCGGCGGGGGCGACGAAUGAAGCGGACAAAUUGUCUGCUAAUUAGUAUUGCUUUAAUUUUCGGAAUAUCGUGGUUGCCUUUGAACUUCUUCAAUCUCUACGCAGAUCUAACAGGCAUGAAGUCGACACAAAAUGUGUACAUUAUUUAUGCCGCGUGCCACAUGGCUGGAAUGAGUUCAGCAUGUUCAAAUCCCUUGUUAUAUGGAUGGCUCAAUGAUAACUUUAAAAAAGAAUUCAACGAAAUAAUUUGCUGCAAGAAGCUUGGGAGUGAAUCAAGGUUUAAUUUAAAAGCUAUUGAUGCUGGAUUUGUAACCAAACAACGACGGGCGUAUACAGAAGUAACUGACAUCGAUAAGCAAAGUAAAUUACUGUCAAAGCCACAGGAUAAUCAGAUACUGCCAGAAUUAAAGCCUGAAUUCACGGUAACAUCAACCAUUUGAGACUGGCGUUUAAAUAAUUGUUUGACGAAUAGCUAAAGACGAAACAGGAAAACAACAAAUUGUGGAAUUAAAAGGAAAUGAAAAAGAAGUAAAG